GUGAUUCACCGUGAUCCAGCAAGUAUAAAACGAGCAACAGUUCUGCACGAUGACAGGGCAUAUGUUUAUGACAAGCAAGCACCAGACACCUACCUCCUUCCUCAGUCUCCCUUCCUCCUACAAAUAUCACUGAACUGCCUCGCAUAAUCUAGAGCUCGCCAGAAAAUGGUCCGUAUCUCGACACUCUUCCUCACAGGCGCUGCGGCCUUCACGCCCCUGGCUUCCGCAGCCUUCUGUACUCAAGACCGGGAGUGGUGCGGUUCUCACCUUCUCGACAUAGGCGACUACUCGCAGCGCGUCAUUGGCGCCCUUACUGCCUAUGGCUUGCCCACUACGAUUCCAUACCAAAACAACACUCUCUUCUCUUGCGUCAACUCCAACGGUGGUAUCGCAGUCUUGACCUACUGCGGAGACGGCGAUACUUGCUACGUCAGCAACCGCUGGGGUGACGGCUGCCCUAGCUAGAUCGUGGACCUGAUCUUGGAACCACAUUAAGCCCUACGGGGCUCACAUCACAACACUCCUUUACAUGAUCACACGACUGCACGUUCUCAAUGACCAAACUGAACCCACGAUCUUUACCACAAAUAAUAGCAAAUAAUAUAUUUAUUGAUUUCC